AUGAGCACAGCCCAGAUCCACCUGGAGCUCACCCGCUGGAAGGCAGGGGGUCCCCUGGGUAGCUUUUCCUUCUCAGGACAGCCAGCAGCCCAGCCAGCCAGGUACCAUGCAUCUGUCAUCCCCCACCCCUUCAUCCUCCCUUUCCCAAACUCGGCUCUCCCCGAGUAUUUCAGGGAGCAGAACUCGGUGGUCUUUGAGGAUGUGGCCGUGGACUUCACUCUGGAGGAGUGGGCUUUGCUGGAUUCUGCUCAGAGGGAGCUCUACAGAGAUGUGAUGCUGGAAAACUUCAGAAACCUGGCCUCAGUGGAGGAUGAGACUCAAUUUAAGGCCAAUGGUGGAGAGAGACCCUAUGUGUGUAAAUUAUGUGGAAAAACUUUUCCUCGUACUUCUUCCCUCAACCGGCAUAUAAGGAUUCAUACUGCGGAGAAAAGCUAUGAAUGUCAGCAAUGUGGGAAAGCCUUCAUUGAUUUUUCAAGUCUUACUAGUCAUGUGAGAACGCAUACUGGAGAGAAGCCAUAUAAAUGUAAGGAAUGUGGGAAAGCUUUCAGUUAUUCCUCAACUUUUCGAAGACACAGGAUAACACACACUGGAGAGAAGCCCUAUAAAUGUAAGGAAUGUGGGGAAGCCUUCAGUUAUUCCUCGGCUUUUCGGAGGCACAUGAUAACACACACGGGGGAGAAGCCCUAUGAAUGUAAACAGUGUGGGAAAGCCUUCAUUUAUCUCCAAUCCUUUCAAAGCCAUGAAAGGAUUCACACUGGAGAGAAGCCCUAUGAAUGCAAGCAAUGUGGAAAAGCCUUCAUUUAUCCCCAGUCAUUUCGAAGGCAUGAAAGGACGCAUGGUGGAGAAAAACCCUAUGAAUGUAACCAGUGUGGUAAGGCAUUCAGCCACCCCUCAUCCUUUCAAGGACAUAUGAGAGUGCACACUGGAGAGAAACCUUACGAGUGCAGGCAGUGUGGAAAAACUUUCAACUGGCCCAUAUCCUUGCGAAAACAUACGAGAACACACACUAAAGAGAAACCCUACGAAUGUAAGCAAUGUGGGAAAGCCUUCAGUUUGUCCGCUUGCUAUCAAGAGCACGUGAGAAUGCAUCCUGGAGGCAAAUCAUAUGAAUGCAAGCUCUGUGGGAAAGCUUUCAGUUGCCACAUCUCGUUACAAAGGCACAUGAGGAGGCACACUGCUGAGAAGCUUUAUGAAUGCAAGCGAUGUGGGAAAGCCUUCAGCUGGCCUGAACUUUUGCAACAGCACGUGAGGACACACACUGCAGAGAAACCUUACAAAUGUAAGGAAUGUGGUAAAGUCUUCAAAUGGCCCUCAUCUUUACCAAUACAUAUGAGAAUGCACACUGGAGAGAAACCAUAUGAAUGUAAGCAGUGUGGGAAGGCCUUCAGUUGUUCCUCAUCCUUAAGAAGACAUGUGAGGAUACAUACUACCAAGAAACACUACAUAUGA